AUCAAAUUUGCAGUCACUCACAGUCGCACAGACCUUCUCCGUCGCUCUGUCCUCCGAGGUUCCGACGCCAACGCCUUCCGGCCUUCGCAGUUCGCUCCUGACGGCUGACUUGUGACUCCUCUGCCUCCGAAUCUCCGAGGCUCCGACGCGGCCUUCCGCAGGUUUUGCUGCAGUUAUGAAUUUGUUUGGUAAAUGAUUGCGGAUAGGGACGGAAACAAUGGCUUUGGCAACCCUUCAUUUGCAGCAUUCUUAUAAAACAAAUCCUUUUCAAUCUUCAUCGUCGAGCAGUGGGAACAAAUUGACACAUUCUGUGACAACGGUUCGUUAUGUUGGGAGGAAAGAUAAAUUUACCUCAUUGAGGUGCAGAUCCUUUUAUAGAUAUGUGGUUUGCAGUGGAGGAGCUCCUCUUUUCCUUAAACCAAAAGCCAAAGUAUUGAAGAUCUUGGCCUUCAAAAGUAGUAGCCAAAAUAACUCUGGGGGCAGUAGUGGAUCAAAGACCAAGAAGGAAUCUAUCAAGCUUUCUAUUGUAUCCCAAGGGAGUGAGGAAACGUCAGUGGAAUCUCCAAGGGCACAGAAUCUUCCCAUUUCUUAUACUUCUGAAACAGUUGACACCACCAGUGGCACUCUCGCUAUACAGAAAAUUUUCAAACACUGGUUGGCAAUACUUCGUACACCAUCCCCAGACCAGGCAAUCGGUGAAACUGUUGAAGGACCAUCUUCAACAGAAGCUGUUGAGCCACAAAACCUGGUGCAACAGAAAGAAAGAGGCAAUAUCCUACAGGCAGUUUGGAGUUAUUUUAUCGGUCUGGAUGCAACGAUAAAGAUAAAUUUAUUGAUCUUCGUACCCUUUUACCUGGCUGUUAAUUUAGUUUAUGGAGCUGAAGUUUCGAAGGAGUUGAUGCCAUUAUGGAUUCUUGGACCAUUUGUUGUUGCAUUGUAUAUUAAGAUGCUCCGAGGCAUUUGUGCACUUUACGUAUUCUGUUUCAAGCAGACAGUAAGAGUCGUCAAGAACUUCCCAACCUACUACAUGUUGGCUAAUGAAUAUAUUGUUCAAGGGAAGCUCAAGGAAGAAAUCAGGGCACGCUUUUUGCAGCCUGUGUUAGAUAUUAAGAACAUAGACUACAAAGAAGUAGCAAAGAGUAGGAUGGAGGAUUUGAAAGUCAUUUUGGCAGAGAAAUACCUGGAUCUCGCGGAAUCAAUAUGGCCCUAUUACUGCAGAGCAAUCCGGACUUUGAAGAGGGCCAACCUUAUCUAGACUCGACAAAAUUUUAGUGAUAUUUACGGUAAAGAGCUAGCUAUGGAUGCUGAGGGACAUCUUUCUGCUUAUUCACUUUUUCUUGGAGGGGAAGAGUUGAAACCCCAUUUUGACCUGGGGUAGUCAUUCCCUAAAGAGAACAGAAUACUAUUGCAACACAGCCAGACUUCCAGGUUUGGUUUUUUUUUUGUAACUUUCUGAAUUGCAGUUCAAGUUAGUUUGCAUUGGAUGUUCGUUCAUUCAUCACAUCCUGAUUAAACUUAGGCCUCGUAGGGAUGCUUCUUACUGUGUUUAACCAGUCAAAAUCUCUAACACUCCAUCUCUUCUUGUCACAUCGGUUUCUUAUUUUUGGAAGAUUUUUGUUGUCGUU